CGCAGAGCCGCCAUGCCGGAAUCGCGAGGGUCGUCGCCUCUGCGGGUCAACGCGGCGUUUGCCGCGCGGUACGGCCGCUACCGGGAGCGCGAGGAGCUGCAGCGGCUUAAAGAUCGCUACGGGGACCGGGACAGCGGCGGCGACUCCAGCUCCGAGUCUGACUCUAGCGACGAGCGCGUGGAAUUUGACCCCCAGCAAGAGCGUGACUUUUACACAACUCUCUCCUUGUUGAAGAAGAAGGACCCCCGCAUUUAUCAGAAGGAUGCCACCUUCUAUCAGAAAACAGCGGUAUCGUCCUCAGAGAGCGAGGAUGCUGAGGAAGCUGAAAAGAAGCAAAAGAAGAUGCGUCCUAUGUACCUGAAGGACUACGAAAGGAAGGUUAUCUUGGAGAAAGAAGGCAAAUAUGUCGACGAGGAAAAUUCAGACGCAGAGAGCUCUGACCAGAGAUUCCCGCAGAUCUCGUCGCAGAGUUACGUAGAGGAACAGAAACAGCUCAAGGAAAGCUUCCGGGCAUUCGUGGAGGACAGCGAUGAUGAGGACAGUGCCGGGGAAGGUGGCUCCGGGUUGCUACAGAAACGUGCUCAAACCAAAGAGGAGAAGGCCCAGGAGGAUGCAGACUAUGUGGAGUGGCUGAAGGGGCAGAAGGAGAUUGACAACCCUGACACCCUGAAGGAACUGACCCACCUCAAGGAAUACUGGAGCAACCCAGAGCUGGAUGAAGGAGAGCGGUUCCUGCGGGAUUAUAUCCUCAACAAACGCUACGAGGAGGAGGAAGACGAGGAAGAGGAAGAGGAGGCAGAAGAGGAGGAAGGGGGCUUCAGCCUCCCCGUCCAGUUAGCCGUGGACGAUUCCUCAGACGAGGGGGAGCUGUUUCUGAAGAAGCAGGAGGACUUCGAGCACAAGUACAACUUCCGCUUUGAGGAGCCGGACUCGGCCUUGGUCAAGACCUACCCUCGAAGCAUUGCGUCCUCCGUGCGCCGCAAGGAUGAGCGCAGGAAGGAGAAGAGAGAGGAGACGCGGGAGCGGAAGAGGAGGGAGAAAACGAAGAAGCAGGAAGAACUCAAGCAGCUGAAGAACCUGAAAAGGAAAGAGAUUCUAGCCAAGCUAGAGAGGCUGCGGCAGGUCACAGGCAACGAAACCCUGGGGUUUGAGGAGCGGGACCUUGAGGACGACUUUGACCCCACCCGCCAUGACCAGCUCAUGCAGAGAUGUUUUGGGGACGAGUACUAUGGCACUGUGGAGCAGGAGAAGCCGCAGUUUGAGGAGGAGGAAGGGCUUGAAGAUGACUGGAACUGGGACACAUGGGCUGGGACUGAGCAGGCUGGAGGUUGGGACCAGGAGCUGCACUGCGAGGACCCUGACUUCAAUAUGGACGCUGACUACGACCCCAGCCAGCCGCGGAAGAAGCUGCGCGAGGCCCCCCAGACGGGCAAGAAGAAGCGGAAGUCCCCCUUUGCUGCAGCCGUGGGGCAGGAGAAGCCAGUGUUUGAGCCUGGCAACAAGACGUUCGAGGAGUACCUGGACGAGUAUUACCGGCUGGACUACGAGGACAUCAUUGACGACCUGCCCUGUCGCUUUAAGUACCGCACCGUGGUUCCCUGCGACUUUGGGCUGAGCACUGAGGAGAUCCUCGCUGCCGAUGACAAGGAGCUGAACCGGUGGUGCUCCCUGAAGAAAACCUGCAUGUACAGGUCAGAGCAGGAGGAGCUGCAGGACAAGCGGGCGUACAGCCAGAAGGCCCAGAACUUAUGGAAAAAGAGGCAGAUCUUCAAGUCACUUUGCCCAGAGGAGAUGGAGACACUUUCGGAAGCCACAGGAAAGCCACAGAGAGACAAAGAUGGCCCGCAGGGACAGCUGCUGGCACCUGAUGGGGCUAGCAGGAAGCAGGCCCAGCCCGGGAGCCCCCCAGCACAGGAAGAAGCAGGCCCCGUGUCACACACACAGAAGCCAGUGCCCCAGAGGCGGAGGAGGGGCAAGAAGGCACGUCUCCUGGGCCCCACCGUGACACUCGGUGGGCGGGAGUUCAGCCGCCAGAGACUGCAGGCCUUUGGGCUCAACGCCAAACGGCUGCACUUCCGCCAGCUGGGCCGGCAACGGAGGAAGCCCCAGGGUCCCAAGAGCGGCCCUUGAGCUCUAGGAAGCAGCCAGAGGCUCUGGGGUCCCUCCCUUCCAGUCAGCUCCUGGAUGCGUCUCCCUCACGGACUGUGUGGACCAUGUGUCCGCCCGUGGGCAGAGAAGUCUUGCUGUCUCACAGAUCUGGAAGCCGGGGCCUAACUAACAAGCUUCC